AUGGUUAAACCCGUGUCUGAUGGUGAUGGCGGGGAAACAAGAUCUGUUGACCAGACAUUACGACCAUCCUUUCCAGUGGAUACACAUAAAGGCCUGGUCGAUAUAGAGAAAAGGCCUUGCUUACCGUCUGAGGAUGUGGACUGCACUCCGACCUGCGACACGUCAGAAACAGAUGGGGAGGUUUCAGAUUUGAACAAAGUCGACUGGGAUGGACCAGAUGAUCCCAUGAAUCCGUACAAUUGGCCCAUGACCAAGAAAACUUCCAUCGUUCUAAACAUAGCAUUGAUUACCUUCCUAACACCCCUUGGAUCCUCCAUGUUCGCCCCUGGCACUAUGGACGUCAUGCGCGAGUUCAAAAGUUCAAAUCAAGAACUCGCGUCGUUUGUUGUGUCUGUUUAUCUACGCCUUAUCAAAGAAACUGGCAACUUAAACCUGAAAUCCGUUCUUGACACGGGUAAAACCACCAAAGAACUCUUUCUUUUCUCUAUUGUCAGGCCGACAAAAAUGCUCUUUAUGUCCCCGAUUGUAUUUCUGAUAUCGCUCUUCACUGCUGUGAUUUACGGCUACAUUUAUCUUCUUUUCACCACCUUCACAAGCGUUUUCGAGAGACAAUAUCACUUUUCCAAAGGUAUUACUGGACUCGCAUUUCUCGGCAUUGGUGUGGGAUCAAUGCUAGGUCUUGUUGUCAUUGGAACAACGUCAGAUCAUAUUCUCCAGAUCCUAGCAAAGAAGAACAAUGGCGAGCUGAAACCUGAAUACCGAAUCCCGCUAAUGAUUCCCGGGGGCAUUUGCAUUCCGGUUGGGCUAUUCUGGUAUGGGUGGACAGCGGAGAAAGGUAUGCAUUAUAUUGUACCCAUCGUUGGCACCGGGUUUGUGGGUGUGGGGAUGAUUUUAAUAUUUAUGACUGGAUCAACCUACCUCGUCGACGCAUUCACCAAGCACUCCGCCAGUGCCAUGGCUGCUAACACCGUCCUCCGUUCUCUUGGCGGCGCUGUUCUCCCACUCUGUGGCUUGAAGAUGUACCGCGUUCUGGGCCUUGGAUGGGGCAAUUCUUUGUUGGGAUUCAUUGCGCUUGCAAUGGUGCCGAUUCCCUGGUUUUUCUUCAAAUACGGAGAAAGGGUGAGAACGAGCAAGAGAUUCCGUGUUAUCUUUUAG